AUGUCGGAUAUACCAAGUGUAAGCACUUUUGAUGACAUAUUACCGAAUGUUGUUCAGACGGUCAGAAAUUCCUCUUCAUUAGCGGCCCAGGAUAUCAAUUUUUACAAAUCAUUGGAUUCAGAUUUAUCCAAAAAGAUUGAUGAAUCCGCCAAAAGCUUAUUAGAUAUUUCUAAUAAGCUUAUUCAUUGUUCUUUUGAUGAUGUAAAGGAUGUACCAUUUGGUAAGGAUAAUAUUUCAUCCCAUGCUAACUGGAAUCCUAUAGCAAAUGUUCUUGAUAAUAUAUUCGAGAAGAUCGACAUCGCCUUCGAUCAAGCUCAAAAUGCAAAUUCACGUAAAGCGAAUGCUGAAGCAAAAGGGUUUACUUACUUAGAGGAUUCUAAUACUAUCAAUGAUAGUUCUAAUAAGCAUCAAGGAAAGAGAAUGGUAAAGCCACAAAUUAAUUUUCGUAAUAAAGUUGAUAAUUCAGAAACACAUCCGUUUAAGCCCAAGAUCUCAUCCAAGCCUAACGAAUUGAAAUCUUUUGACGAGUCUACAAAAUUAAUUGUUCCUAUGAAACAAGAGGAAUCAAAUGAUAUUGAUCCAGAAUAUUAUGUGCAACCAUACGAAUUUGAAAUUGACAGCCAACCUUAUCCGGACUCAAUUUUGACUAAAAAAGAGCCUAUACCCUCAAAGCCAUGGCUGAAAACAUCAGCCAUAUGGGUGGACUCGGUUGACGUGUUAAAUGAGAUGAUAUCGUUAUUGUCAGAACAAUCUGAAAUUGCGAUUGAUUUGGAACAUCAUGAUUAUAGGUCCUAUUAUGGUAUAGUGUGUCUCAUGCAAAUUUCUAGUAGAGAUCAAGACUGGAUUAUUGAUACUUUGAAAUUGAGGGAUGACUUGGAAAGCUUGAAUAAAGUCUUUACUAACCCCGACAUUGUUAAAGUGUUUCAUGGUGCGUUUAUGGAUAUUAUUUGGUUGCAAAGAGACUUGGGACUAUACAUUGUCUCAUUAUUUGAUACUUAUCAUGCAUCUAAGAAGCUAGGAUUUCCAAAGUUUUCCCUAGCUUACUUGUUAGAGACAUUUGCAAACUUUAAGACUUCAAAGAAAUACCAACUAGCAGAUUGGAGAAUCAGGCCUCUAUCCCCUCCCAUGCUUGCAUACGCAAGAUCCGACACUCAUUUCUUGUUGAACAUCUAUGAUCAAUUAAGGAAUAAAUUAAUAGACGCAGGAGCUAACAGAUUACAAGAAGUGUUAUACGAAUCACGCCAAGUUGCUAAGAGAAGGUUUGAAUAUACAAAAUUCCGUCCGUUAUCAACUUCCGGAGGAAAAGUUUCUUGUCCUGUAAUGGCAAAUAAUCCCAAAGAACCGUUUUCGUCAAUAUUAUUGCAAUAUAAUGUGCCUUAUCAUAAAAAACCGUUAAUCGAAGCUUUAUAUAAUUGGAGAGAUGCUUUGGCUAAAAGAGACGAUGAGUCAGUUAGAUAUAUCAUGUCUAAUCAAUUGCUAGUCAGCUUGUCGUCGUUAAGCCAACCAGUAGAUGUACAAAAGGUCUUAGGAGUUUCGAAUUAUAUUUCAGAUUAUGUAAGACAAAAUGCAAAGGACUUGGCUAACUUAAUAGAAAAUACCUUAAAGAGUAUGGCAGAUAGCGACUGGGAAUUAGUCGAUAAGUGGAAUGACAUAUCGAAAGCUGCUGAUAAUGAUAAAAUGAAUAUUAGUGAUGAUGACCUUGAUAAGAUCAUAUCGAGGUCAAAGGCAUUUGAAGACAUAUAUGCACAUAAUAAAAACGUUUUAUUUUUUGACGGAACUGAGUUGUUAAGUAAUAAAUCUGCGUUGUUUUCAGAACUUCUCAAUAACAAUAAUGACCUGUUUUCAGUUGAGUAUGACGUAGAAAAGAAUAAAGUUAUAAACCAUACUUCUGGGGAUUACAAAGACAGACUAGAUUAUGCAUCAAAAAACCUUCAACCCAAUCCAAUUAUAAUAUCUCCUGAAAUUUCUCAUAGAAAUGAGCAACAUGAUGAACCUAAAAAGCCAUACAUUGACGAAACCCAUGCUGGAAAGAGCUCGACAGUUUUGAAAGAUGAAGAAAUGGAUCCAAAUGAAGUCAUUACGCUUCGUAAGACUCAAAAACAAAAAACACCGAAGGCGGAAAUUAAACAAACGGCGGAAAAUGACGCUUUUGACUACAAUAAUGCAAAUAAAAUAUUACUCGAUUCAUCAAUUAGAAAUAGUUCCCGUAAAGAAAAACCGAAAAAGAGAUCGUUUGAUCCGUAUGGUAAAGACGCAGAGGGACCAAAAGGAGCCAAAAAAGCACGAAGGCCAAAUACCGGUAAGACAUCUACAUUCUCAACAAAAAAAUAA